GUUCGUGGAAAAUACAAGCCGGUAGCGUUGUCGAUCAUGUCUGCUCUGGAACGGCGGAGGCUUUUCGCGCGCGCCGUCAGACAUGUGGUGAUGAAAUCAUCGGAGGGCGCCUCGGGGGAGAGCUAUCGCAGAUGGUCAUUUGUCCCGAGAGAAGAGGCAGCGAGGUGAUGUGUGGCGUAGAGGAGAUGAGUAGAAAAGGGGACGGGAGGCGACAAUAACGAGGACAGAGCUAGCUGGGAGGAGUAGAUGAACAGGUUGGGUGGUGAGGUUGGACCAUUUGAUUGAACAAGCACGGUGGGUUCGCUAGAACGACGCCAGAACUCACCACGCACCCGCCGAGUGGAGCGCGCUCACAGCGAUUGACGGCGCUUGGGCGAUUUUGCUGGGUGUAGCACGGCACGCACGCAUUCCUGUCGCUGUACUCGCUGUCCUCCGCCGGCCACCUCGUCGCCCUCCACCACCGCACCGUCGCCGCGCACGCCUCGUCGUUGCUGUCACAUCGUCGCCAUUCCGCACCCGCUGCCAACGGAACGUGACGACUCGCGCGUUGACCUGCGUCCCGCUCCGCUGGCUGGCUGGCCGCUCCUCUCAUCACACCCACCCACCCACACGUUCCCUCGCCUGGCGAUCGGCGUCAUCACAUUGCAGCAGCUCGCCGAGCCGAAGGCGCAUCUCGUGCUUCUUGGAUCCCCCCGACCGCUCACUGCACACACUAUCUGCGUCGCCACGGUACCGGCUUCCCGCGACUCAAAUCCCGCCGCUGCAUAGCGCACGACCAAGGCACACAACGCCUGCUGCUGGUUCUGCUCCUUCGAGAUGGCAUCCAAAUUCCUCCGGGAAUACAAGCUGGUGGUAGUCGGUGGAGGUGGUGUGGGAAAGUCCUGUCUGACCAUCCAACUCAUCCAAUCGCAUUUCGUCGACGAGUAUGAUCCGACCAUCGAAGACUCCUACCGCAAGCAAUGCGUGAUCGACGAUGAAGUCGCCCUCCUCGAUGUGCUCGACACCGCCGGACAGGAGGAAUACUCGGCCAUGCGCGAACAAUACAUGCGGACAGGAGAGGGAUUCCUAUUGGUCUACAGCAUCACAUCACGGCAAAGCUUUGAAGAGAUGGUGACAUUCCAGCAACAAAUACUGCGCGUCAAGGACAAGGACUACUUCCCCAUCAUCGUCGUGGGCAACAAGUGCGAUCUGGAGCACGAGCGACAAGUGAGCACAGAAGAGGGCAGACAACUCGCACGACAGUUUGGCUGCAAAUUCAUCGAGACAUCCGCCAAGUCGAGGAUCAAUGUGGAGAACGCCUUUUACGACAUCGUGCGCGAAAUCAGGAAAUACAACAAGGACAUGUCGGGAUACCCCGGUGGCGGUGGUUCGGGCAGCAAGCCCAAGGAUGAGUUCCAAGUGGAUCAGGAGCAAGACGCUGGGUGCUGUGGGAAAUGCACAGUCAUGUAGACUGCGCCGUUCGUGCCUGAAACACGAAAGAUGUGGAGUGUGCUGCAAUAUGCGAUGCGAUAUUCACACAGCGACAGUAUCGUGCAUAAGCGGGGAACGGGGAUGACCGGAACUGGGAGAAGACAAGACGAAUCGAGAACUGCAGCAUUGGGUACCUCAGGAGCAGAGAAAGAGGGGCGACAACGAGACGCCCUGCACACACCGAGUGCGCGCGGCAGAGGCAUGGAUUCCGGCGCGUGUGCGAUCAUGACAAGCCCAUUCUACCAAAAGACAACCACCGGAGCAGCGGGAAGAGCAGAUGGACCAGGUUCUGCUGCUUGUCACUUACGACUUUAACCACAUACCCCAGGGCCCCAAUCAUUCAACCAACGCCAGAAAACAUCACCUCACUCAUCGCGAGAACCACAAAAGAGCCUCUCAUUAACCACCUUCAUAAGUCUUCUUUAUGGUCUUUGUAAUGCAUGAGACAAAAUCAUCCUUUUCCCAACAACAACGAUUGCAGCAUUACAACAGGACGACAGGCCCAUACGCAAUUUGGCGCAUUAGUAUCUUAUUCAACCGAAAACUUCUUUCUUUCCACUACUAUGCACAGACGCAACACUUUUACACACAGAU